AUGGCGGAGAGUUCGACGAUUUUAACUCUAACGCAGCUGUGCGACUUGGCAUUGAGCACAACAGACGUCGGAGUGGUGAAUUUCAACAUACUAAGGGGUCUCCUGCAGGUGAUGAUCAAGCAAAUGGGCCUUGUGGAGACCAAAGUGGAAUACCGCGGAGCGGACAGCGAAAAAAUUCAAUCCUACAUGUCCUCCGCGAAGCCCGGCGUUCUAACACUCACCGAAUACACGGUGACAUCGGAGAAAAAAGAACCGGCCCCGGGCGGGCAAGUGGUCCUCAUCCAAUCCGAAACCCCUCCCGAAGCGCAAUUCACCAUCACAAUGACCACCGAAUACUUCGAACAAAUAGAAAAAUCGAUAGCGAAUUUGGAAACCCAAAUCAAAGAGUUGCAGGACCUUCCUGGAAAUCUGAAGUUAGUGGAAAGCGUGAAGCAAGGCGACAAAACGCCAGUUCUGGACAUGUUCCAAAUGCUCAACAUCAAGAAGCGAAUGGACGCGAUCGAGGAGAGCAUGACGAAGGUGGCCUCCAUGAUCGAGUCCGCUGUUAAGGAAGGAAUUCCCACGGCAGCAGACGCGUCUGCACCGACUGCUGUAGCGGCCACUAACGAAAGCAUCGGCGAGUCCAACGCUUUCAAAGAAUUGACGCAAAGGGUGGAAAAGCUGGAAGGAGGCAAAGCGGGAAAGAAAGAAAAAGGCGAAGAAGACGAAGACAUCGCCCUCAUCAAACAAGACAUUACGCUCAUUAAAGAAAUGCUGAACGUGUUCGAGCCGGAGGAAACCACAGAAGAGGACGAGAAACCCUAUCAGCCGGUAACCGUGAGGGUAACUAACCUAGAAUUGAAAUGCACCGACUUCCAGGAACAAAUGAUAUCACUGGACACCGGCUUCAGCAACUUGACUACCUGCUUGGGGGAGAAAAUAGAAAAGCUAGAUAUCGAAAUGUGCGAAGUUCUAGAAAAAGUUCGUAUGAUACCCACCGAUGAGUUGGGCACCGACCAGACCACUCUAAUCGCUGAAAUGAGAAACCAAUUAAUGACACUGCAAGAAGAAUUAGACUUGGUCAUCGACAACGUGAAGAACAUAUCAGAAGAAACUUCUGAUAAAGAACACACCAUGGACAUACUAGUGGAACAAAUUGAGUUACUGAAAACAGUGAAGGCCGACAGAGAGGAUCUGGAAGACGCUCUUGCAGAAAAGGCUGAUACCUGCCAAAUAAACAGGAAAGUAUCGUUCGAACAAUUCGAUAAAGCUUGCGGUGAUAUGUCGAAGACGCUCGAAGAAGCAUUAACUCGACUAUCACAACAAGAAACCUUGUGGACUCAAGCUCUUACUAACAUCCAAAACGACGUUGGUAACAAGAUGGAUAGAAACGAAAUGGCGCCUCUAAGGGACUUCAUCAACACCAAACUUAAAACGUUGCAAGAGAAAUUCAAAGCUCUGACGGCGAUGAAGAAGGAGCAAGAAGCCGCCGGUGCGAAAACGGUCUUCCUUAAGAACGUAAAUUGCAUUUCCUGCGACAACGAAGUAGUCAUGAGGAAGCAUCUGGAGCCGGUGCACCAACCGCCUCCGUACGCUCUUCCGCCUCCUAAGAGCAUGGGCCCGUACUUGGCGUACGAAUUGGACCAGCUCAGGAGGAUGCAGAAGGCGCACAGCAAGAAAUUGAACGUUUUCGAAAACGCCUUACUCACAAAUAAAGGGGCUAAAAGUCCGGAUCAUUUAUGCACCAGAUAUUGCGGUGGUAGCCAUACCGUUACCACUCCUCAUCAACGAGUUACCAGGUUGGGUCAUUUCUUGGAGCAAUGGGGCCCUGAGAUUGGUCCUGUCAAUGAGACCCAAAUCCGAGGGACUGAUGGGAAAGUUUACAAAGGUAGGAGUGAUCGGGAAGCGAAGAAGCCGUCUGUGGAUAGUUUAGACGAAAGCUUUAACGAUGCCAAAAUUCUUGAAAGAAGAAUGGCGAAGGUCCCCAUGAUCAAAUUCAACAACGGCGAGCUGUUCCCGCAAUACGGUUUGGGCACGUGGAAAUCAAAGCCCGGUGAAGUAACCCAAGCAGUGAAAGACGCCAUCGACAUCGGUUACAGGCACAUCGAUUGCGCCCACGUCUACGGCAACGAGCCCGAAGUCGGCGCCGCUUUGAAAGCCAAAUUGGGCGAUGGAACCGUCAAACGCCAGGAAAUCUUCAUCACCAGUAAGUUAUGGAAUACCAUGCACAGGCCCGACUUGGUGGAGCCGGCCAUCAGGACGACGCUGAAGAACUUGGGCAUCGAAUACUUAGAUUUGUAUUUGAUCCAUUGGCCGUUCGCUAUGAAGGAAGGAGGUGAGCUCUUCCCAGCAAACCCGGACGGUACAGUUGCCUACAGCGACGUCGAUUACGUCGACACCUGGAAAGCCAUGGAAGAUUUAGUGAAGAAGGGAUUGACUAAAUCCAUAGGAAUUUCCAACUUCAACAAACGCCAAGUCGAGCGGCUCUUACAGAGCGCUACAAUCAAACCAGUUACCAACCAAAUCGAAGUUCACCCGUACCUGAACCAGCAGAAACUGAUCGAUUUCCUCAAAACCAAAGACAUUGUGGUGACUGCUUACAGUCCCUUGGGAUCGCCCGACAGGCCGUGGGCCAAACCCGGCGAUCCGCAAUUGCUGGACGAUCCCAAGAUCAAGCAAAUCGCUACCAAAUACAACAAGACCCCCGCUCAAGUGGUGUUGAGAUACGCCAUCCAGAGGGGACUCAUCACCAUACCGAAAUCGGUCACCAAGUCCAGAAUCGCCGAGAACUUUAAGAUAUUCGAUUUCGAAUUGAGCGAGGACGACAUGAAGCACUUGAACACGUUCGAUUGCAAUGGAAGGAUCUGCCCGUACGAUGAUGCCUACACCCACAAGGACCAUCCCUUCAUCAAUGAUGAAUUUUAA